AGGAGAAUCAUCCCUGAUGAACCGGGAGGAUUUUCACCCCUGCUUGGAAGGAGAUUGAAACGAAUCCAGCAAAAGAAAGCCGUACUAUUCUCGAAUUAUUUUUCUAGACUGUGUUGGCAGCCAUUGUGAUGGUCAACCUGAAAGGCAUGUUCAAACAACUUGGAGAUAUCGUCCAUUUCUGGAGAACCAGCAAAAUUGAACUGGCCAUUUGGAUUGUAGCGUUUCUCGCCUCAGUUUUCCUGGGCCUGGACUACGGCUUGCUCACAUCCAUCACUUUUGCUGUGAUCACCAUUGUCUACAGGACCCAAAGUCCCCAAUAUAGAAUCCUUGGCCAGAUUCAUAACUCAGAUAUUUAUUGGGACGUGGAACUGUAUGAAGAGGUAAGAGAUUUGGAACACAGAAAAUUAACGUGUUCCUUUAAAAGGAGGGGUGGAACAAUAGGAUCCAUUGGUGGAUUCCAAAUCUUUGGCUACUGGUUCAUGAAAGAAAUCCUCAAUAGAUUGAUUGGGAUGAACUAA